CCCGGACGUCCAGGACCCCGGCGAGGGUCCGGGGACCCUGGGGUAUCCCCAGAGGCGGGGUCCGGGGCGCGCCGGGCCCGUCGCUGAGGGGCUGAGGAGAGGCCUGGGUCGCGCUCGCGGGGGAGGGAGGGGGCGAAAGGGGAGGGGGGCCUGGGUGGCUGCCGGGAGGAGCCCCCCGGAGCCUUGGCGCGCGCGCAAGAGCGGAGGGUGGGUUCUGCUGGGGACAGCCGAGGCCAGGCUUCACCUGAGGGGCGCGGUGGAGGCCUCGGCCCUGCAGUCCGGCCAAAGAGGCAGGUGUUUUUCCCCAGGCAGGCGUGGUGGCAGUCCGGGUAGUGGGAGCAGGGGACGCGGAGGGAGAGCUCCCGGGGAAGCGAGGGGCCCCUGCCUUCCCGUCGUGAGGGGCCGGGAGGAGGACACCUCAGAGGCUCCCAAAGUCGGGAUGGGGCGGGGGUUGAGUCCCUGCUGGUAGAGAACGGGGUGAUCUGGUGUGUCACGGGUGGGGAGGGCCAUGUUUUUGAGGGCCCGAGAGGAGAUAAUUGAGGGCAGGAAGCGUACAGCACCCUCACUCUCUGAAAUUAGGUGUCUCCUGAUGGAGGGGCAGAAUCCUCCCUCGGGGUCCUGGACACUGACCCUCCAGACUGAGGCUUGUCGAGUCUUGCCCCGGGGUUCAGGGGAAGCCUCGGCUGCCCAAGGAGCAGGAGGAGGCCUGAAUUCUCCUCUCAAGUUGAGAGAAAUCUCAAAGCCACUUCCCGGCAGACCCAGAAGGGGCCUGGAAUGGUGUCUGUUUAGGAGAACCAAGAAGUGGGGUUUCCUGCGUAACCUCGAGGAUUCGGGAAAGGGACGACCAGAUCAUUCUGUCCUCACGGAGGGAUUCCUUUUGCCCCCCUUGCCUCUGAUGAUUACCAAAGUGCUAUGGGGGGACUUCUUCAUUAAAUGUCUGGACUGCUGCCCCCGAUUUGUCAGCUUCUCAUCGGUUAUGCAUGUUUAGUAUCUACUGACUUGAUGACUGUUUCAUCAGUCAACGACCACUUACAUUUCCCUCAGCAAGCAUGUAUUGAAUAGCUGUCUUAUACUUCAGCUGGGUUAGUUUGGGCCCUGUUUUGGUCUUGUACUAAGCACAAGUACCCUAGACUCUAGUGGGAUGACCCUUCAAAGAACCCUCUUGUCCCACUGCUUCCCCAAACACCUGCAUCGUAGUCUCCGAUGUGUGACUUACCCUGAACUUGGUUUGCUCUGGCUGUUCCCUCACAGUGGUCCUGGGUGGCCUUCCUGUUGGCUUCAUUACAUCUGGUAGCACUCUGAAUCACCUACUAAAUACACGAGAAGGAAUAAAGAAGGAAAAAAAUCAAGGAGUUUUGGCCUCAAGUAAUAAUAAAGUUUUAACUUGGAAGUUUCUUGAGAAUAGACUGCGAAACAGUCUACAAAAAUUACAGUGUGGAAUAAAUACAUUUUGGGGGUUAGGAAAUUUAAAGAUAUCUGGUAUUUCUGUUAUUCCUUUUCAGCAUCAGCUCUGAUGUCCCUGUGAUCAUGUGACACUUGUGCUUACAUCUUGCCAUGUUUUAAACAUUAGUUUUCAGGACACAAAAAAAAUUUAAUCCUGAGUAGGUCAGAUGUCAUUGUUUAGCUUUCCACUUGCUUAUGUGAGCAGUCAUGUGCUUACUUUUAGGGUGUCUUUGAAAGUAACUGCAAAAUAAUUUUUGCUUUUCACAUAAAUAUGACAUACUGCCUUUACAUGUGUUGCCCUAGAAUUAUAGAUAGUGUAGUGUGAUGCCACCAUGAAUUCUCUAAGGCCUCUUCCAUGAAAUACCCGAAGGAUCAGUUCACUCAUCUUGCCUUAGGAGUUUUUGUUGCUAUAAACAAGAGCUGCUUUUCAGUUUACACUCAGCUCAAAGAGAUGGCCUUGCAAUUAGCCAGUGUAGUCUGUGGAGCUGGUAGCUGGUUACUUGUUAGAAAUAUGGUAUUUAGGGUAAUAAGAAAUAUUCAACCCAAACUUGCUUCUCUAAAGAAUGUAAGAAUUGCCAUGUUGGAUCAGACCUGUGUUUCUGACUGACACUGAGAGACAUAUUGUAGAUGAUUACAAUUAUCUUCUCUGAUAAACUCAGAAGGUUGGAGAAGCAGCUAGAACAUUCAACUUGGGUUCCGAGGUGUGGGAGGGGUAAGGAGUAAAAUAAGAGUUCCUAUUGAGUAAAGUAUUAAUCAAGUGCUUAGUCAACCACUUAUUCAGAGUGUUGUAGAGAGACCUCAACCUUAGAGUAGAAGGUUGAAACUAGAAUCAUCCUCCUAAUUCUGCUUUUCUAAAACCCAUUAAUUUACCUAAUCUGUUAAUUUUAAAAAAAUUCAACAUCUUUUUGGAGUAAUAAAUUCCACCUUUUGGAAUAAUAAAUUCCAUAAAUUUGUUACCUGCUAAAGUAUUACAUCUUUUUAAUUAGUUAAACAUGUAAUAGUAACAGAACAGUGUUCGACCAUAAAUGAGUGGCCAACAAAUGUUAGCUGUGAUGAUUAUUUUAAUUCACCCUACACUUUUGUGUUUCACGCUUUGAAGAUAUCUAUUGGUUCAAUUAUUCUAGGAUUGAUGGCGUUUGUAUGCUUCAUCAUAUCCCUUUUUUUCUUUUUCUAGACUUCAGGGUGCUAGUUGUUUUGGUUCUACUGCUGGCACUGAGCCAAACCAGCCUAUCGAUUCUUUUUUUUUUUUUAUUUUUUGUAAUGCUUCAGUGCAUGGUUGUACAUCCUAGUUGUUAGUUUAGUGCUCUCUGUGUGCUGCCACCACAGUAUGACAGACGGGUGGUGUGGUUCCACGACUGGGAAAUGAACCCAGGCCACAGUGGUAAGAGCGCCAAAUCUUAACCAUUAGAUCACCAGGGCUGGCUCUGUUUUUCUUCUCUAGGUUUAAACCUUUAUCCUAAAGAAGUCAUAUUGUGUACUGCAAUAUCUUAUAAUUACUUUUUCCCUGUAGUAUGUGACAGUGCCAUGCAUGUCUUUCCUUUCUGUAGUUCCUUAAGAGCAGAUACUGUCUCCUUUCCAAGAAGGGGAGGCUAACUCUGUGCCUCAUGUAGAGUAGAGACUCAGUAAAUAUUUGUUGAACUGGGAAUAGUGAUGGGCAAUAAGUAAGGCAGCUUAGCCUAGCUGCCUAAGCAAAUGUAUAUCCCCUAAAUUAGAAGAGUAGAAAAUUCUAGAAGUCUUUUAGGGUAAAUUGGGUCAUUCAUCGCACAAAAAUUUAAUUACAUGCCUGCUAUGUGUUAGAUUUCCUUAGAAAGGUUUAGGUAGGCAGUUUUGGAGAUGGAGUCUGAUACUUGAAAACUCUUACACUCCUGUGUCCUGGGCAGGGGAGCUGUUGAAAAAGAAAAGCAAUCCUUGCUCUCCCAGGAUGCAGUCUGGUGGGGAGAGGCUGUUGGUUGUGAUGGGGUACUGCAGGCACUGAGGAAGCAAGAACACAAGCUCACAUCUGAUCCAGGAAGUCACAGAAGGCCUCCCCGAGGAAGUGAUGUUUUAAAUAAGUCACAAAAGUUUAGCACUGACUAGUCCAAGAGGAAGGAAAAGAGAAUUCCAGGUAGAGGAAACAAGUGUGAAGGCUCCGCUGAAGAAAUAUGACAUGUUUGAGAAAUUGGAAAAAAUUCAAUGACAGGAGCCCACAAUGUGAGAGGAAAACUAUGAGAAAUGAGACUAGCAGGGUGGGCAGGGGACAGAUUGGGAGGAUUUUGUAAGCCAUGUUAAGGUGUUUGCACUUUAUUCUAACAGCAAAGAGAAUCCACUGAAGAAUUUUUAAGUAGGAAAAUGACCUGUGGCCUUUAGUAAGAUCACUUUGUCUGCUCUGUAAAUAAUAGAUUGGAGAGCAAGACCAGAGAUUAGGAUACUGAUGAGAAGCAGCUGGAAAAAUGCAGGUAACAGUGUAGUGGCUCAGAAUGUGGUGGCAGCACAGAUGGAGAAUGGGGGAUAGUCAGAAGAAAGAUAUAGGUGAUAGAAUGGAUAAGAUUUGGUGGUUGAUUGGAUUUAGAAAGAGGAGUCAAAAAUAACUCAGUUUCUGGACUGAGAAAAUGAGUGGAGGAUAGCAGCAUUUACUGAGGCAGGAAACACAGGAGCAGUUUUGAGAGGGAACAUGAGUUCGGUUUAAGGUGACUACAAGAUAUUUUAAGAGGCUUUUGGAUAAGAGGAGGUGUAGAAUUCAGGAAAAAUUUUGAACGUGAGACUCAUAAAGGGCAGAAGUAUAAGUCAGAUGUGGGAAUUUUAACUAGGUCAAAUACAAACAAAAAUUGAUUGAAUCAACAUAUGUCAGUGCCUAUGAUGAGCAGGGCUAUGGGAGACAAAAAGAGUUUUAGAUAAGCAGUACCUGUCCUCACAGACAGUACAGUGCGGUUAUGAAGAUAGAUAUCUGUUCAGUUAACUACAGUAUACUAUAGUAUAACUAUAGUAUAGGUUCAUCACAGUGAUGAACACUAGAGGAGAGCUACAGACCACGUGUCGGGGGACUGCAGAAAAGAAAAUGGUUUGGCAGUGUUUUGUGGAGGAGUGGGUUUUGAGUUGGGCCUUGAAAGGAGAAGGAGCUGAGGGAGAAAGGAGUUUGGGGCUUAAGGAAUAACAAGGGUACCGAAAGCACAUAUUACGUAUUCAGAAUACAGUGGGUGGUCGGUAUGUCUGGAGCUUAAGGUUCUUGGGGUAUUAUAGUUGCAGGUAACUGGAAAAGUAUUUUGAGGCCAAAUGAGGGAGACUUUGAGUGCUAUGCUUAAGUAUGUGUAUCAUAGGCAAACAAGUGCUGUGGCAGAGCUGAGAUGUGGAUUCAGUUGUCCGACUAUCAGUCACAUAUUCAAACCUACAUCCGUCGUGUGCCUACUCUGUUCAGCACCGUCUCACAUAUCUAAGUAAAUACAGUGCUCUUACCUAUACUCUCUUAAGUGACUCCUUUCUUUUCAACUGUGAAGACUACCAGCUGGAGAAUAUCCUGGGGCCCUCUGAGUUUUCAUUACGAUUGGGACAAUGCUUUGAGUUACUUUAGAGUCAAGGAGCAUGUGUCGUGGAUGGUUUCUUCAACAACCCUGCAAGGGAGAUGUCAGGUGGAUCAUCUCUCCUUUCAGUCUCAGGCAAACAGCAGCCUCAGCUAUCUGACUUCAUGUGAAAGAUGGCUAAUGCGGAAGUGAGUGUCCCCGUGGGGGAUGUGGUUGUGGUACCCACUGAAGGAAAUGAGGGGGAGAACCCUGAAGACACUAAAACCCAAGUGAUCUUGCAGUUACAGCCUGUGCAACAAGGGAUUUAUGAAGCCGGGUCGGAGAACAACACAGCAGUUGUGGCAGUAGAAACACACACAAUACACAAAAUUGAAGAAGGGAUUGAUGCAAGCACUAUAGAAGCAAAUGAGGAUAUGGAAAUUGCUUACCCCAUAACUUGUGGGGAGAGCAAAGCCAUCCUCCUCUGGAAGAAGUUUGUAUGUCCAGGAAUAAAUGUGAAAUGUGUCAAGUUCAAUGAUCAGUUGAUCAGCCCCAAGCAUUUUGUUCACCUGGCUGGCAAGUCCACCCUAAAGGACUGGAAGAGAGCCAUUCGUCUGGGUGGAAUCAUGCUCAGGAAAAUGAUGGACUCCGGGCAGAUUGAUUUUUACCAACAUGACAAGGUUUGCUCCAAUACCUGCAGAAGCACCAAAUUUGAUCUUCUGAUCAGCAGUGCAAGAGCUCCAGUGCCAGGACAGCAGACAAGUGUGGUGCAGACACCCACUUCGGCCGAUGGUAGCAUCACACAGAUUGCCAUCUCAGAAGAGAGCAUGGAAGAGGCAGGGCUGGAAUGGAACUCGGCUCUCACUGCUGCUGUCACCAUGGCCACAGAAGAGGGCGUGAAAAAAGACUCAGAGGAAAUUUCAGAGGACACUUUGAUGUUCUGGAAAGGAAUAGCUGAUGUAGGACUGAUGGAAGAGGUUGUCUGCAAUAUACAGAAGGAAAUAGAGGAGCUACUGAGGGGAGUUCAACAGCGCCUCAUCCAGGCUCCCUUCCAGGUCACAGAUGCCGCUGUUCUCAACAAUGUAGCACAUACAUUUGGCCUGAUGGACACAGUCAAGAAGGUUUUGGACAACAGAAAGAACCAAGUGGAGCAGGGGGAAGAGCAGUUUCUCUAUACUCUGACAGACUUGGAACGCCAGUUGGAAGAGCAGAAGAAGCAAGCUCAGGAUCACAGGCUGAAGUCCCAGACGGUUCAAAAUGUGGUACUGAUGCCUGUGAGCACUCCUAAGCCUCCAAAAAGGCCCCGGCUCCAGCGGCCAGCCUCCACCACUGUCCUGAGCCCUUCUCCUCCUGUCCAGCAGCCUCAGUUCACAGUCAUCUCACCCAUCACCAUCACCCCAGUGGGUCAGUCGUUUUCCAUGGGCAAUAUUCCAGUGGCUACCCUCAGCCAGGGCUCCAGUCCUGUGACUGUCCACACACUGCCUUCUGGCCCUCAGCUCUUCCGCUAUGCCACAGUGGUCUCCUCUGCCAAGAGCAGCUCACCAGAAACAGUGACCAUCCACCCUUCAUCUAGCUUGGCACUGCUAAGCUCCACCGCCAUGCAGGAUGGGAGUACCCUGGGCAACAUGACCACUAUGGUGAGCCCUGUGGAAUUGGUGGCCAUGGAGUCUGGCCUGACCUCGGCAAUCCAGGCUGUUGAAAGCACCUCAGAGGAUGGGCAGACCAUCAUUGAGAUUGACCCAGCCCCAGACCCAGAGGCUGAGGAUACUGAGGGCAAAGCAGUCAUUUUGGAGACAGAACUGAGGACUGAGGAGAAAGUUGUAGCUGAGAUGGAAGAACACCAGCAUCAAGUUCACAACGUGGAGAUUGUAGUCUUAGAGGAUUAACUGGGGAUCUUGGGGCCAGGAGAUAUGUUUUGGUUUCAAAUUUUAAUUAUUUGUGGUUUUUUUUUUUUAUCAUUGUCCCACUCAUUUCCACGUAGGAUCCUUUUUUUUAAAACAAAAUCUCGUUGUUAUAAUUGAAAAUGUUGGGUCCCUCCCACACCCUCAUUGAAAAAUGGACAAAAACAAGCUGCCUUUCCAGAAUUUGAGAGUAGGUCACUCAAUGUCCUAAGCCUCUUACACCAAGAAAGUUAUUUCUUUUAGGGGAGGCAUCAAGAUAACCGGAAACCCUAUCCAGAAAGCUCUUUCCAGACUAGUCUAUCUGUGUACGCAUGUGUUUUUAUUCUCAUAAAGAUGCAUUGACCAAACUCUGGAACAGAGAUCUGACACUGGAAGGCAACCCACUCACACAUGGAUGCAGAAGGAUACUUUAUUUUGUAUCUUGGAAAGGGCCCUCAGAGGCCAGUGCAAAACUGAAACAAAAGGAAGUUGAACUCUGCUUGGAGGGGAAGGUGGCAUGCCAGCAGCGGCUUAAAAAGGGAAGUGCUUUGGCCAGGAUGGGGCAAGGAAAUUAUCUUACUUCCAGAAGUGCAACUGAUGCCUCUUGAUAUCUCUGAGGGUUACCACCAUGGGUGCCGUUUUGAGGAGAGGGCAGUGAUAAGUGGAAGGGUACGUCUCCAUGGAACAAGCAGCAUCAGGGGCCUGCGGCUUUACAGAAAUAGCAAUCCAGGGAUGUCACAGCUGUGCUUUGGGAUUGAAGCUCACCUUGCCCCCGACUUUGUCAAAGCACUUAACCCUUCUAAACUAGGAUCAGUCCAUUCCUUUGCAAAGUGUGUUUUGUGGUGUAAAUUGCUCUGGUUCUUGGACUGUGGCUGUCAUGGGGGUGGGGCUCCAAGGCCAUCAUUUUUACUGCAUGACCCCAGGAGCGGGGGAGUUCCUCAUCCAGACCAGCUGCCCUCUUUGGUGGGGCCAUGUUUUGGCUUUGGAACCAAAAGCAGCCACUCAUUUGGUGCUUCCUCUUGUUCAGCCCUCCAUCCUUCAACUGUUAAUGGCAUCUGUCUUCUGGAUCCCACGCUCUUCAGCUUUUUGGCUGAUUCUGAGAACAGUGACAGGUGCCUGCCUGCCUUCAUCCCCUUUUAGAUUCAUUUAUACCAUUUAUACCACAGAUGUUUCUGUGAGAUAUUGAGCUCAUAAAAAAACCUUAGGCUUGGCAGGGAAGACUCAACACCCCCAGCCUAUCCUGAGGCACUGAGUAGAUGUCUCCUCCUGAGCGAGCUGGACUCCCUGGGAAAGAAGCAUUGUCUGCCACGUUACAUUGUAGGAAAUGUACAGCAAUGUCAAUAAUGAUGUCUUUGGGGGGAUUUUUUUAUGUUGUUUGUGUAUUUAGAGCUGGGCCAUUUUCCGUGCUGUGAUUCCUUCUCUUUGACCAUCGUCAGUGUUUGGGGGCAAGAGUGGACCCUGGUUUUUAUUUCUUUGAUUGCAUUGUUUACUGCACUAGGAAAAACAUAGGGAAACUGCAGACAAUUUAAAGGAAAAAUAGGUCAAAAAAGAAAGCACACACCUUAGGAGUGGGAGGAUUUUUGUUUUUUUUUUUUAAUUAAAAGCAAAACUUUGACCUGUAGUUUCCUUUUUUUUUUUUAAAGAGGGCAGCCACCUGAAGCCAUGUUUCUUCCAACAGAUGUUGGAAACCCUGUCGUCAAACACGUGAAAACCGCGUUCUGCCAUCCUUCAGAUGGCUCUAUAUAGUUAGAGAAGCCCACUAAUUUGGGAGGGACAAUCUUGAAAGCCUUAAGUAUGAGAUUUCUGAACCCCAUACAGUUGUGGUUUUCAGCUUUAAAAUUAUCUGGGGUUUUAUUUUCCUUGAAACAUUCAACAGACAUAGCAACCAGCUUAGAACAAACCUUUGGCCAUUUAUGUAUCUUUAGUGAGGGAAGUGGCUUUUAUUUCUUGCUUCUUUACAUUUUCUCUUGGUACAUAAACAAAAACAAAAUUUCUGACUAAGCCUAAAACUACUACUUGAACCUAGAAAGGCGCAGGUAAUCCCUAUUGUGGUUUUUAGGGACACUUCUCUUUCGCAGAGACAAGAGGCCCAAUUCAGGACAGAGCAGGAGCCCUGGAGAACACCUACAUGCUAGCUCAGGUCCCUUUCUUUCCUCCGUCAGAGCUGUUGGCAGUGUUUUAAAGUAGUACGAACAACAUGCUUCCAAAGUCAAGAGAGCUCCUCCUCCUAAAGACAGCGUGUUUACUUUCACUAUCUGAAUAUUCUGACUGGUGGAAAUACAUGAGCCUUGUUGUU